CUCUCACAAUGUCUACUAGUUUCAAGACUUUGGUUAAGAACGCAAAGCAAGUUGUCUUGGUUUGUAGAAAUGCUGAAAAGUACCUUACCAAAAAUGAGAUGCAGAGUCUGGCUAUCAUUGAGAAUGGAAGUGUGGUGAUUGGACAUGAUGGACUAAUUAAAGCUGUUGGACCAGCAGACACCAUUGAGUCUCAAUUCAAAGGAACAACGUUUGACCAAGUUCUGGAUGUUUCCGGCAUGUGUGUUCUCCCAGGUCUGGUUGAUGCACAUACACAUCCAGUGUGGGCUGGAGACAGAGUGCAUGAGUUUGCUAUGAAGCUGGCCGGUGCCACAUAUAUGGAGCUGCAUGAAGCAGGAGGCGGCAUUCAUUUUACAGUGGAACACACUCGCUCAGCAACUGAAAAACAUCUUUUAGAGGAGCUGAAAAGCCGCCUAGAGCGUAUGGUAAGAACUGGAACUACGCUGGUGGAGUGUAAGAGUGGCUACGGACUGGACCUUGACACCGAACUGAAGAUGCUGAGGGUGAUCAACUCAGCAAAGAAGUCACUGUCAAUCGGGAUAUCGACAACACACUGUGGAGCCCAUGCAGUACCCAAAGGUAAAACGAUGGAAGAAGCCACUCAGGACAUUGUGACAGUGCAGUUGCCUGUGCUAAAAAAACAAAUGGCUUCAGGUGAACUGCAAGUGGACAACAUUGAUGUAUUCUGUGAGAAAGGCGUGUUCGAUUUGAGCUCCACACGUCGCAUUCUGGAGGCAGGCAAAGACAUGGGUCUCAACAUCAACUUCCAUGGUGAUGAACUCCAUCCCAUGAACUCGGCAAUACUCGGGGCAGAACUUGGGGCUUUAGCCAUCAGUCAUUUAGAAGAAGUAACAGAUGAGGGCAUUGCUGCCAUGGCAACCUCUAAAACAUCAGCAGUCCUGUUGCCCACCACUGCCUACAUUUUAAGGCUUUCUCCACCACGUGCCAGAAAAAUGCUUGAUUCUGGGGUUAUAGUAGCUUUGGGUAGUGACUUUAACCCUAAUGCCUACUGCUGCUCAAUGCCUAUGGUGAUGCACUUGGCCUGUGUUAUUAUGAAGAUGUCUAUGACGGAAGCUCUAGCUGCAGGCACCAUAAAUGCAGCGUAUGCCCUUAACCGAUCGAAUACGCAUGGAUCGCUUGAAAUCGGUAAACAGGGAGACCUUCUGAUCAUCAAUGCACCACGGUGGGAACAUCUGAUCUACCAGUUUGGGGGCCAUCAAGAGCUUAUCAGAUACAUCAUUAUCAAAGGAGAGAUUGUUUACGAGAAUAACAAAGUAUUGAACCUUUAAGGUUGAGC